AUGGCUUUUCUCGUGUCCGUCGUCGUGGCGGCCAUUAAAGCCUCCGUAUCUUUGCUCAGCGGUUCGAAAUUUCUCAUUUACAUUCCUACCAUGAUAGCGACUCUAGCUUAUUUCAAUUACGAAUUGUUCGAUCCGGAAAAUCGACCCGUAAUAGUGAAAAAUUUUUACAAGGAAUACGAUUUCGUCGUCGUCGGCGCCGGUGGAGCCGGAGCCGUUUUGGCCAACAGAUUGACCGAAAUCCCAAAUUGGUCCGUUCUCAUAUUAGAAGCCGGAGGCCACGAAACCGAAAUAUCCGACGUCCCCCUCCUUUCCCUCUAUCUUCACAAGAGCAGGUUGGAUUGGAGAUAUAGGACUCAACCGGGUAACACGGCUUGUCUAGCCAUGAAAGAUAGAAGAUGCUGUUGGACGAGAGGCAAGGUUCUCGGCGGAUCCACCGUUUUGAACACUAUGCUUUACAUAAGGGGAAACAGAAGAGAUUUCGAUCAGUGGGAAUCCCUCGGGAACACCGGUUGGGGAUACAAAGACGUUUUGCCUUAUUUCAUCAAAUCCGAAGAUCAGAGGAAUCCUUAUCUGGCACAAAAUACUCGUUAUCACGGAACCGGAGGGUAUUUAACCAUUCAAGACAGUCCCUACAAUACUCCGUUGGGUCUCGCGUAUUUGCAAGCCGGUCAAGAAAUGGGUUACGAACUCAGGGACGUCAAUGGGGAAUUUCAAACCGGAUUCGCUUUUUAUCAGUUCACUAUGAGAAGGGGAACCAGGUGUAGUACGGCAAAGGCAUUUUUAAGACCGGUGAGACUUCGAAAGAAUUUACACGUGUCAAUAUGGUCUCAGGCCACGAGAGUUUUGAUACAUCCGGAAACGAGGAGAGCCUACGGUGUGGAAUUUUUAAGGGAUGGACGAAAACACGUCGUGUACGCGAGAAAAGAAGUCAUUUUAUCAGCAGGUGCCAUCAACUCUCCUCAACUUCUCAUGUUGUCCGGAGUGGGACCAGCGAGAACUUUGCAAAAAUACGAUAUUCCCGUCAUACACGAUUCCCCCUACGUCGGACAAAAUUUACAGGAUCACAUAGCUGUCGGCGGUAUCGUGUUUUUAAUCGAUCAACCUUUCAGUUUGGUUUUCCGUCGACUCGUUAACCUUAACACGGCUUUGAGAUACGCCAUUUUCGAAGAUGGACCUCUCACGUCUAGCGUCGGCCUAGAAAGUGUCGGCUUUAUAACCACGAAAUACGGUAACCAAACGGACGAUUGGCCGGAUAUCGAAUUCAUGAUAACAUCUUCUGCCACGAAUUCUGACGGUGGAGACCAAGUGAAAAAAGCUCACGGACUCACCGAUAAAUUCUACGAAGAAAAUUUUGCCAGCAUUAAUUUCAGAGACGUUUUCGGAGUUUUCCCGAUGAUUUUGAGGCCCAAGAGUCGAGGUUACAUGACGAUACAGAGCAAAGACCCCCUUCGUUAUCCUCUCAUGUACCACAAUUACUUGACGCAUCCGGACGACGUGAGAGUUCUUAGAGAAGGAGUCAAGCAAGCCAUCGCUUUCGGACAAACUUCUUCCAUGAGAAGACUGGGUGCAAAGUUUCACCAAACUCCCGUGUACGGUUGUAGACACCUUCAACAAUUCACCGACGAGUAUUGGGAAUGUGUUAUAAGGCAAUACACCCUAACUAUUUAUCACAUGUCCGGAACGGCGAGAAUGGGUGCUCCCAACGAUCCGACGGCGGUCGUCGAUCCGAGAUUAAGAGUCUACGGAAUUAGCAAUUUGCGAGUCAUAGACGCUUCCAUAAUGCCACGAAUCACGAGUGGAAACAUUCAAGCUCCAGUUAUCAUGAUCGGAGAAAAAGGAGCGGAUUUAGUUAAAGAAGACUGGUUAUUUAAUUACAACAGAGCUAGAAGGUCGACGUACGACGAAAACAUCCAACACGAAAACGAGAAUAAUAAUAAUAAUAAUAAUAAAUCCGAAAGGGGAUCAUCGCCCGUGGGGGAAAAAACGGUUGGAAAACCCGAUUGUUCGUUCGAAGAAUACAUUUCGAACAUAACAAAAAUAUUGGGAAAACAAUUUUUAUUUCCAAAUUUCGAUUUCGAUAACGUCACCAAGUUAAGAUGA